CCCCGGGAUAAUCAGCCGUUUAAUUUUUCUUUGUUGCCAUACCACAGCAUAUCAUUUUUUUUUGUCUAUUCACAUCAAAAACUUCAUUUGAGAUGGCCAGAGAUGAGGAGCUCGCUGAGCUUGCUCAUCCUGAUUACUGGAACGAGCGUUAUUCUUUAGAGAAAACGAUCAAGCAAGGCGAGACACAAGAAGUCCUUGGUUCCUUCGAAUGGUUUGGCGACUUCGCAAAGCUUCGCGCUUUCUUCGUGAAACAUCUCCCGGCUUCUUCAUGCGGAAGUCAUAUUUUGCAACUGGGUUGUGGAAAUAGCACCCUGACGGCAGAUAUCUACAACCUGGGAUACACAAACCAGACCAGUGUUGACUUUUCUCAAGUGGUCAUCGAUGCUAUGCAAUCGAAGUAUUCGAGCUUAGAAACUCAAUGGCGUGUCAUGGACGUCCGUCAGCUGGAAUUGCCAGAUGGGUCGGUUGAUGUGGCCGUCGACAAAGGGACACUGGAUGCCAUGAUCCACGGUUCGUUAUGGGACCCGCCUGAUGAUGUCCGGAGCAAUGUAGGCCAGUAUGUAGAUGAGGUUGCGCGGGUGUUGAAACCUGGAGGACAGUGGCUCUACAUCACAUAUCGGCAACCACACUUUAUGAAACCACUACUCACACGGGAAGGCUCGUGGGAUUUAUCAGUCGAAGUUCUAGCUGAAGACGCCGGCGCAUUUGAAUACUUCGGUUUCAUAAUGAAGAAGCAUCCAAAUGUAGACUUAGGUCAUGUGACAGCACCGAUUAUUGGCAAGGAUAAAGCAACUCUACAUGUGGACAGCAGUCCGAAGAUACUAGAGAUGAUACUGGCAAACAUAUGAUGAUGCGGAGUAGGUGGGGCAACAACUUUUCGCGUUGUUGGUGCGAAACUGGUAUAUCAUCGUCUUGUGGUCGGCUUUGUUGUCAGGCGUGCUUUUGUAGCCGCUGUAGUGUUGCACACACAACCUUCGAUUUGAAAGCUUAGUCGAAUUACUCCCGUCGUUCAUUAAUGAAGCCAAUACAUAUGAUAAUGUCUUAUAUCUAUGUACGCUGCCCCAUAGCUAAGACUUUUAGUCCUCCCCAUUUAAGCUUUCCAAGGCCUUGGCUGUAUCCAAAAUACUCUGGGGAAAGCCGAUCCAUUCCUUCCCAGUCGCCUCCACCGCCUUCUGCCCCGA